AAGUGGGGGGAGAAGCCAGUGACGGCGCAGGGAGGAGUGUAGCCUGUAGGAGCACUGCAGCCUGUAAGAGCACUGAAGGUAGUACUGCUGCCUGUAUGAGCACUACAUGCAAGAUUGUACCCCCUGUAUGAGCACUGCAGAGAAGAGUGCUGUUGUCUGCAAGUGUAAGGAGCAUUGUUACCGAUAGGAGCACUGCAGAGGGACCAGUGUGUGUAAACAAGCACUGCAGGAAGGAUUGUUGCUUCUACGAAUACUGCUGGGAGGAUUGUUAGUUGUACGAGCGCUGCAGAGAGGAUUUGUGGCUAUCGGAUCACAGCAAGGACGAUAACACGAGCACAGGGACGCAACUAUGGGAAAAUUUACGGGCCGGCGUGCGCUAGUGACAGGUGCUGGAGCCGGAAUUGGUCGUGGCCUGGCUAUUAAGUUAGUGGGAAUGGGUGCACAAGUGUUCGCUCUCAGCAGGACAGCCGACCACUUGGAAUCAUUAAAAGCAGAAUGCCCAGCCGUCCAGACCAUCUGUGUUGAUUUGAGUGACUGGACCGCGACUAGGGAAGCUGUGGAGAAAAUUACCCCUAUAGACUUGUUGGUAAACAACGCAGCAUAUGCUACCUUAGCACCUUUCUUGACGACGUCACCGGAGAGCUUCGAUAAGGUGUUCAAUGUGAACGUGAAGGCGGUGAUGAACGUGUCGCAAGUGGUGGCGGGCGACCUCAUAACAAGAGGACAGAGGGGUUGCAUCGUUAACCUGUCUUCUCAAGCGGGGCAACGAGCGUUGAAGGACCACACUGUGUACUGCUCUUCCAAAGGGGCACUGGACAUGCUGACCAAGGUCAUGGCACUGGAGCUGGCACCAAAGGGGAUCCGGGUGAAUGCCGUGUCCCCCACUGUGGUCAUGACGGCCAUGGGACGCGUGGGGUGGUCGGACCCUGCUAAAGCUGAACCCAUGUUGGCCAGGAUACCACAGGGAAGGUUUGCUGAGGUGGAUGACGUGGUCAACGCCGUCGUCUACCUCCUGUCUGAAGAGAGCAACAUGGUCAACGGCCAUCUUCUUCCUGUUGACGGCGGCUUCUUGGCCGCCUAGUUACAUUACCACAUGUCAUUGUUAUUGUUUUUCUCGUGUUUUUUAUUGUUCCUGAACAAGUUCAUUUCUAAUACAAGGGGAUUAUAAAAU